GCCCUGGGACACAGUCCGCUCUCCCUCCCCUUCCCCGGCGCCUACGCGCACACUUUAUGUUCCGUUUUCUGUGGACAAAAGCCGCCGCUGCCCGUGCCCGAUUCCCCGUGAAGAAAAUGACGCUGACUCAAAUUUCAAGCGCCAAGUGCUUUGAAGGAUAUCAGAAAGUGUAUGAACAUGAAAGUUCAGAGUUAAAAUGCAAGAUGCGGUUUGGAAUUUAUUUGCCUCCAAAAACACAGCACGUGAACUGCCCUGCAUUAUACUGGCUUUCAGGCUUAACAUGCACUGAACAAAACUUCAUAACCAAAGCAGCAAGUCAGCAAGCAGCAGCUGAACAUGGCAUUGUCAUUGUAGCCCCAGACACCAGUCCUCGUGGCUGCAAUAUUCAAGGUGAAGACGAAAGCUGGGACUUUGGUACAGGGGCUGGAUUUUACUUAAAUGCCACAGAGGACCCUUGGAAGAUGAACUACAGGAUGCACGCAUACAUUACAGAGGAGUUGCCUCAUCUGAUAAAUGCCAAUUUCUCUGUUAAUCCUGAAAAGAUGUCCAUCUUUGGCCACUCGAUGGGUGGUCAUGGGGCUCUUAUUUGUACUUUAAGAAACCCUGGAAAAUAUAAGUCUGUGUCAGCACUUGCUCCUAUCUGCAACCCUGUGCUGUGCCCUUGGGGUCAGAAAGCAUUUACUGGAUACCUGGGCUCUGAUAAAAGCAAAUGGGAGACUUAUGAUGCUACUUGCCUGGCAAGAACCUAUUCAGGACCUCCCCUCGAUAUACUUAUUGACCAAGGGAAGGACGAUCAGUUCCUGGCUGCAGGACAAUUACUCCCUGAAAACUUCAUUGCAGCAUGUACUCACAAGAAGAUACCUGUUGUUUUUCGUCUUCAGGAGGGGUAUGACCACAGCUACUACUUCAUCGCUACGUUUGUUGGAGACCACAUCAAGCACCAUGCAAAGUACCUAAAUGCCUAAGAGUCACCAGCAGUAAUGAACAUCUCAACUAUGCCUUUUAAUCAUGUAGAAAUCAAAGAAAAUAAUCUCCCUAUGAGAAACUAGCUAUUGACAUGAUGUUCCAGAAUGAUGAACUGUCAUCUUCUCCCUUUCCCCCAUGUGGUGGCUGGCAGGUUUUUGAGAGUUUGUUGGCCUGCAUUGUGCAGUUCAUCCUGGAAACAGAUCUGUGCCCAUCUGAAAUCAUUGCACUUGAUUUGUUUUUGAAAUCAAGGUCAUCCUGCCCACUUCAACCCAAGGAAAUCAACCUGUGAGCACAACCUUUGAAUAAAGUCAAUUAAGCAGCAA